AUGCCACGACAGAAAGGCUUCAUCUGGCCUAAAGAUCCCCUGCCUGGAAAACCUCUAAAAUGGCCUUUUGGGCAACGCUUCAAGGACGUUUUACGGGGCAAAGGUCCGGAUAUAUUCGUCGGUAAUAUCGAUGGGCCAAACGCGAGCCCCAAAACACCGCGUUGGGCUCGAUGGCAAGACGUGUAUGGCGUUCCAGACGACGAUCCGACGCUCCCACCGCUCUUCAAAUGCUGCGACCGUGGAUUGCAAAGAUAUGAUUUCAGGACGAGAACAUAUAAAGUCCCUGAUGCCGCUACUUGGAGUUAUGUGCUAGGAUGGUACGGCUCCCAUGUGAGCGAACUCCCCACAUCUAAAGACGCUGCCUUCUGGGGAUUUCGUAUCACUGGUAGCUGA